AUGCUGUUCCUUCCAUUUUCCCAUGGUCAGUUGGCAAUGAUGAAGCCUCUGAAAGGUCCGAAAGAGACAAAAGUCGGGAAUGCCAAAGGAUUAAUCUUUCAGCGAUCCCAUCCAAGAGUAUCGAAAAUAAACAUCACUCAUACGAUGCACCUGACAUCUCUGCAAAGGAGACUCAAGAGGAAGAUACAGGUGAAAAACCAUUUGAAGAAGAGAGAGACUUGGUUGCCGAGAAUUAUGAUCUUAAACAAAAGCUGCUCCUUUCAAAAUUUGGUUUGGAGAGAUUUGGAUCGAAUGAAGAUGACAUAUUUUUUUACACGGGAUUUCAAAGUCACCGAGUCGCCAGCUUUGUUGGCAUUUUGGAACUUUAUUAAACCUUGCUCUGAGUCUCUGAUGUCGUGGAACACAGCACGCGAAAAAGUGAAAGAAAGCUUCUCAAACAAUGUUAAUCCAUUUCCCUUUUUGCAAGGACAGGAGAAACAAAGAAAUAGAAAGAGAGCAAUAGAGCCUAUCGAUCAGCUGUGGUUGUUUCUAACAAGGGUGCCACUUGGCUUAUUUGAGCGUGAUAUAGAUUUAGUGUCUCUGUAA